GCUAAGAUCAAGUGUAGUAUCUGUUCUUAUCAGUUUAAUAUCUGAUAUGUGGUCCAUCGGGCCGUACGAUAUUAACUCUAUUUUUUAAGGGAGAAAGCCCAUUAAGAUAGCUUGCUAUCUGGGCUUUCACGAGUCGUCCAUGCGUUGCACUAUUGCACGGGCCUGGCUCAACCCAUCAAAUAUAUAGUCUAAAUUUUCGGAUUAAAUAGGCCCAAUUCCGACAAAAUAUUUAAAUUGGGCAUGACAAGAUUAAACUAGCAUCCAGACACAACUGUGGUUGGGUAAGACCGUUCGAAUAAAAGAUUGAAAACUUCUUAAACCCUUGUGCUUUGUCUAAUCUGCGGGAGAUUAGAAUGUCUGAUCCUAAUACGAAGCAUCCUCCAGGGGACUAUACAGCUUCUCAAGAGAGGCUAUCAAAGGUUGCGAGGAUAGAUGGAUUCAGUGAUGAAGAAGAAGGACAUGAGUCUGAGCUAUCAAUGAGCCCAGAAAACCCUAGAGUGCAGCGUUACUUGGUUGCCAUUGAGUAUGUCGGAACGCGUUUCUUUGGGUCACAACAGCAGCCUAAGGACCGAACCGUCGUCGGCGUAUUGCAGGAAGCUUUUCAUAAGUUUAUUGGCCAGCCAGUUAAGAUCUGCUGCUCAAGUCGAACGGAUGCAGGAGUGCAUGCGCUAUCAAAUGUUUGCCAUGUAGAUGUAGAACGAGUCAGUAAAAGAAAGCCUGGUGAAGUGUUACCACCUCAUGAACCUGAUGUCGUCCAGAAAGCUGUGAACCAUUUCUUACAGAAAAAUGAAGGUGAUGUUAUGGUGAUUGAUGUUCGGUGUGUCCCAAGUAAUUACCAUGCCAGAUAUAAGGCCAAGGAGCGCACAUACUUCUACCGCAUGCUAUCGGGGCCGGAUCCUUUAUCCAUCUUUGAAAAAGACCGUGCUUGGCAUGUUCCUGAGGAGCUAGAUCUCCCCGCUAUGCAGGAAGCAUGCAGAGUUCUUGUUGGAUCUCAUGAUUUUAGCUCCUUCAGGGCAGCUGGUUGCCAGGCAAAGUCACCGGUGAGAUCUUUAGAUGAACUAAGUGUCACUGAAGUACCAUCAACUCCAUAUUUUCCAUCUGCCACGGAAAGUACUUGGAGUAACCCAAACAAUGGAGAUCCUCUCACAUGUUCCAGUCAAACCAAGACUGAGACUGCUGGUGUCACUACAAAUGGCGAAGCUUUCGGUAUAAGAAGACGACACCGCUGCUACGUCGUAACAGCGCGUUCCCGCGGGUUUCUCUACCACCAGGUUCGACUGAUUGUAGCAGUACUGAAAUGCGUAGGCACUGGAGAAUUGACCGUCGUAGACGUCGAACGGAUCCUGAAGGCCAAGGACGUGUCUGUAGCCAAACCCAUGGCUCCUGCAUCUGGUCUGUACCUUGCGCGUGUCAAAUAUGAAUUCCAAUGAAGAUUUUCAUUUUCUGCUACAGUGUGGUGAGGAGUCAAAGAAUGGGGUCCUUGUUCAACAGGCAGUAUUAGAUAGAGAUGCUAUGUUCUUCAGAUGGAUUCCAUCAUAGAGAUCCUUGUUCUUCCUGAGUGAUGAAACCUAACGAGUGUGACUUUCAUUGUAUUACUCCAUCAUAGAUCAAAAAUAAUAUAGUUCAAAAGGAUC